AUGCGUUUCGACGAUACCAACCCAACCCGCGAGGACAUCGAGUACGUCGAGUCCAUCCUGGCAGAUGUCCACUGGCUUGGUUUCGACUGGGGACACCAUCUGUAUUACGCUUCCGACUACUUCGAGCAGUUGUAUGAGUUCGCCGAGCAGCUGAUAUUGGAUGGGAACGCCUAUGUCGACAGCCUGACCGCGGAAGAAAUCCGGGAAUUUCGCGGCACCCUCACCGAGCCCGGGUGUGAAAGCCCCCACCGCGAUCGCAGCGUCGAAGAGAAUCUGGACCUGUUCCGUAGAAUGCGGGCCGGCGAGUUCCCCAACGACGGCGCCCACGUCCUGCGCGCCCGCAUCGACAUGGACUCGCCCAACCUGAACAUGCGCGACCCGGUGCUCUACCGCAUUCGCCACGCCGAGCAUCACCGCACCGGCAACGCGUGGUGCAUUUAA